UAUGGAAAUCGUCAGUUCGGCGAGGGACCACGUUACACUCACGAAACUCGAGAAAGCAAAGGUCGAGUAGUGUGUAACGACAAGCAAGACUGCUUGCUCCCCCCUUUCACCCAGACAAUACCGACAGAUACGUCAAGAUGAGUCGGAAAUCUUCUUCCAAUGCGGCUACCAAAAAUUCCUCCGCAGGCACAGCGGUGUCGUCAGUAUCUGCAACGUCGCAAAAGUCUUCUGUGUUGAAGUCGUCCUUUUCUCCCUCCCAAUUACAGCUGCGCCUGUUUGCUUCUGUCAUACAGAGCUUCGACUCGCAACAGUUGCGUAUCCAUAACACCACCACUGGUCGACUGCGUUGCCAGCACGAGACCAAGCCUGGUUCGAGAAUCACUUGUCUUGAUUGGGGCUACUAUGGCCGAGAUCAGAAGCAACAAAAGAAGCGCAAGAGAGACCAAGACAAUGCUGAAGGCGCGGUUGUUGCUUAUGGGACGAGCACUGCCGAGAUCUGUAUGUUUUCGGCUGCAGAGGGCAAAGUAGUCGGCACAUUAAGCGGAGGACAUGAAAGGCCGAUUGCAGACUUCAAAUUCUCUCCAGCAACCUCAUACCAAGAAGCAUGGAGUAUAGGAGAAGACGCAAACCUGAUUCAAUGGGAUUUGACAAAUGGUCGACCUCUCAGAACCGUUCACGUUCCAGAGCCCAUCAAUGUCCUUGCAACUCCUUCAACGAAACCUUUCCAAAUAAUCUGCGCAUCGUCCACCCCUCUAGCGUUCGAUUUCGACAUUCAUGGAAAAUCCCAAAUGGCACGAUAUGAUUCAUUCAAAAACGCUGUCAAUUCAUUGUUUCGAUCAGGCAUCGAGGGUACGGCAGAAGAAGAAUUCUUUCUCGCCUCAGACUCGGAUAGAUAUAUCAAUGUUUACAACAUCCAAAGCAAGAAGCUAGUUCGGACACUGGUCGCUGGAAGUGGAAUUGUUUCUGCCGACCUGUACGACCCUGCUGAAGAUGUUGCGCCGAUAAGAAGACAACAACUUCUAGCUGCGCUGACAAAGGACGGCAUUAUUGAGUUGUUCUGGCGUCCUUUUGCCCUGCCAGAACAGUCCAAUGGUGACCUCAGGUCCAGCAGGAAAAAUUUGACCAGGAAAGCCGGCGCUUCUAUCCGCCUGAUAAGCUCGGACUCGAAAAGCAAGCACAUUCCUAUAUUCGCCGCAUCUGUCCAAGGCCAUGAUGUUGUUAUUGCAUCCGCAGACAACGGCGCCGACUUUUCUUUCCAAAAGAUCAGAUGGCAGGAUGAAGGGAAUGGCGAACUUUUGUUUGACGGUCAGAAAGAUGUUGUCAAAGUUCGCACCGCAUCUGCAUUGAACACGGCCACAUUGAACGGCGUCAAAGAUCUGGGCAAAUCUCAUGUUGACGAGUCCCAAACGGUUAUCGUCAAUGGCGGAAAUCGACCCGUGACCAUCGACCUUGCAAGCGAUUCAAGCGAAGAAGCCGCUGAUGAAAGUGAUGAGGAGGCGGAGGAGGAGGAGGAGGAGGAAGAAGAGGAAGAGGAAUCCAAGCAGCCAGACAAUGUUGAUGACGAUGAAGAUCCUGAAGUCCCUGACUCCGAUGAAGAGAUGGCCGAAGCCGACGCAACCGUUGCUACAAACGCAGCUUCAGAUGAAGACAUGGCAGACGAUGACGCGGAGCCAACCUUUGGCGAGCUUCUGGCUUCUCGCCACCAAUCUGAGAUCGCCAUAAGCUCCGCUCUGCCACCCGACCAGUCGACAACGACACUCAAAAGCAGACCUGGCGCCGUAAUACCCGGUGGCAUGUCGCUCGGCACCGUCCUCACGCAAGCCCUACGCACCAACGACAACAACCUCCUCGAGGCAUGCCUCCACACCCGGGAUCUCGACAUAGUCAAAAACACCAUCCAACGUCUGGACUCUCACCUCGCAGGGCUCCUACUCUCGAGGCUCGCCGAGCGCCUCGCAAGCAGACCCGGUCGCUACGGCAGCCUGAUAGCUUGGGUCCAAUGGACAUGUAUCGCCCAUGGAGGCGCGAUCGCCGCGCAGCCCGACACCACCGCCAAUCUGCGCACCCUGUACCAAGUUCUCGGCCAGCGGACACGCACGCUGGACAGCCUGUUGCUGCUCAAGGGCAAAUUGGACAUGCUCGACGGGCAGCUACGGUACCGCAAGCAAGUCCUCGCGGCACAGGGAGGCCGAGUAGAGGGACACGACGAGCCUGGCAUGAUUUACAUUGAAGGCGUGCAAGGAGACGGUAACUGGGAGAGCGAUGAAGACGAGGAUGAGGAUCUAGACGAGGACAUGGAAAGGCCGGCAAAGAGGACGAAAGGUAGAGGUAAAGGACGCAAAGCCCUCGAAGAUUUGAUCGAGAGUGAGGGUGAGAGUGAGGAGGAAGACGAGGAUAUGAUGCACCUCGAAAAUGGUGUUGCCGAAGAAAGUGAUGAGGAUGAGGACGAGGAUGAAGAGGAGGAGGAGGAGGAGGAUGAGGAAAAUGUCUUGACCAACGGUCACCGUGCCGGUCUCGUCGACGCCGAAGCCGAUGAAGAUUCCAGCGAGGCAGAUUCAGACCCCGACGACACCCGGGAAAACCCAAAUCUCGAAGCCGAUUCUGAUUUGGACGUUUCUUCUGAUUCGGAAGAGCGGAGCGUCGACGAGGAGGAGGAUGAUGAUGAUGAAGAUGAUUCCGAGAUGGGCAGCUUCAUCAACGACGGCUCCAUCGACCUCGAGAGUGACGAAGAUGAUGUCCACGUCGAGGGGGACAGUGAACCUGAAGAUAUUCCCGUUCCUGUUCCUGCUCCUGCCACGGCGUCCAAGUCCAAGUCGACGUCGGCGUCAAAGGGAAAGGUUGAGAAGAAGAAGGGCGGCAGACGGUGAUUGAAGAAGUUGUCCUUUCGUGGGUUCUGUGGCUAGGCUUGAUCAAAGUCAGGAUAGUAAUCUGUUUCAUCAUGCAUGUGUGCAUGCGUAGUGACACUGCAUCGGCAUUUGUUCAUAUUGACACACAGCUUGGACAUCCCCCCAAAAAAAAGACGUCUGGGGCGUUUUUUGUUUUCGGUACAGAUCAUGGGCUAUGAAAUUAUAUUAUUGUCAAGGUGAACCACCAGUAUUAUGGCAUGG